ACAUAUAAAACCCCCUAAAAAAGUUACUCCGAUUUUCAAACUUUCCCCACCUCGAAAAAUUCAAAUUAUUUUCCGCCAUGGCCGAACUCAAAAGCCCCCCAUCACACCCGCCCACCACCGUCACCGUCCGGCGCAAUCCGCCACGCCGAGCUCGCCCAACUCCAUCCCAAGCUCCCAUCCCAAUCUCCCUCUUAUCAACCCCUUCCACAUCUUCCAAAACCGUCCCCUCAUUUCCAAUCGACGAUAUUCUCGCAAUCGAUGUUCCUAAAACGGAACUCGAAAGCGAGAAUCUCAAAGUAUUUCUCAGGAUUCGACCGCAAUCGAUACCACAAGCUCCGAAUAAAAAAGGCGGGGUGAGUAAGAACGUGUGGCCUCAGAGCAAACAGACUGUCAAAAGUAAAAUUAAGAAGACAAUUGAAGUGUGCUUGAAGGAGAAUGAUGAGCAUUCGGUUACGCUUUGUCCUCCGCAAAGUAUGCAGGAUCAGAAGAGGACUAAGACGGAGGUUUACGAAGGCUUUUCACACGUCUUUUCGGCUGAUUCCUCCCAGGAUGAUGUCUUUGAUAAAAUGGUGAAUCCGAUAGUUGAGGAUUUUAUCAAGGGAAAGAGUGGGAUGUUAGCUGCUUUAGGUCCUAGUGGUUCUGGAAAGACACAUACCAUAUUUGGAACUGCUAGGCAGCCUGGUAUGAUUCCGUUAGCUCUUCGGAGGAUAUUUUCUGCUACUGAAGAACAUGGAGCUCAGUCAUCUAGGACAUUUUAUCUGUCUAUGUUUGAGAUAUGUUCGGAGCGAGGAAGAACUGAGAGGAUGAUAGAUUUGUUUAAUGAUGGUGUUGACAUAUGCUUGCAACAGUCAACUAUUAAAGGUCUCCAUGAGUCCACUAUUUGUGAUGUUCAACAGGCUGAAGCUUUAAUUGCGCAGGGCAUGCUAAAACGUGCUACAGCUAUGACAAAUUCAAACAGUCAGUCUAGCCGGUCACAAUGCAUCAUUAAUAUCCGAUGUGAGACUUGUGGUGAUGUUAAUGCUUCGUCAAACAGUGCUCUCUUGACUAUCGUUGACCUUGCCGGAGCUGAAAGGGAAAAGAAGACAGGGAAUCAGGGUCAUCGACUUCUGGAAAGCAAUUUUAUCAACAACACAUCAAUGGUAUUUGGUCUGUGCUUAAGGUCACUUCUGGAGCACCAGAAGAAUCGGAAGAAACCAAUGCAGAAGCAUUUUAAGAACUCAUUGUUAACUAGAUACUUGCGAGAUUAUCUGGAAGGCAAGAAGCGGAUGGCUUUGAUUUUAACUGUCAAAUCAGGAGAAGAAGACUAUCUUGAUGCUUCCUUUCUGUUAAGGCAAGCGUCGCCUUUUAUGAAAAUCAAAUUUACAAACUCUGAAGAAUCUACAGAAUUGAUUGGUAAUAAGAGGCAAUAUCAACCGUUCCUGAAAGCUGAUCAACAGAAAAAAAUGAAGAUGAGCACCAUCGACUCAUCUGCGGCCAAUGAGAAAAGCUCUGAUGUAGUUAACUCCACUCCCCAUGAAAAAGAGCCUCAAAAAGUGAUAACCAUGAAAAAGGUUAAUGAGGUUGAUGAUACCACAUUCUUGGCCAAAUCCCCAGAAACUUUUAAGUCAAAAGUUGGUGAAAGUACAUUUGUCAAUGACAAUAUCAAUGCAGCAACGAAAAACAGACUGACUCAGACAAUGCAAGGUUUUGCUAUAGCUGCAUGGCAAGUCCUGAAGCAAUACAAGGGAAAACUAAAGGUGGCAGAAAAAGAAAUAUGUUGCCUCAAACAAAGUCUCACUGAAGAGAAGGCUAGAUCUGAAAAAUUGGCAAUGGAACUGGCUCAUAUAAAGUCUUCCUUUCUGUGUGAGAAGAUAGUAUCAACAGACAAGAUAGAAACCAAAAAAGAAGUUUGUAGAGAGAAUGGUCUGGAUGAAUCUGCCGAAUCGGAUUAUCAAUCUGUGGAUACACAUGAGCUUAGAAGCUUUGGUGUGGUUUCUACUUCGUGUGUUGAUCGAAAAGGCUUAGAGGAGCAGAACUGUCAGGUAGCAGGGGUCUCCUCUGUAAAUCUGAGUGAAUCCGAGGUCAUAGUGAACAAUCAAAACACAGAUUCGACUGUGAUAAAUUCUUGUGUGGUCAGUACGUCUUGCAUAGGUGAAGAAAUUCAGAAGCAUGUUAAAUUCGAUGUUGCUUCUGAAGAUGUAGAAAUUUCGAAAGAAAAAGAAGAUUCUAAUUGUAAAGGUAUUAUGCUUUUGGAUGACUCUGCAAGCUGUCUUCCGCUUUCAAUAAGCGACAACUUCUCUUCCUCGAUCGAAAGGCCUCAGUCGAAAAAUGACACAGAAAAGGAAGCGGGUGCCUCUUCAGUAAGGAUUAGCGAAUCCGAGUUUACAGAGAACCAUCAAAUCACUGAUUCCAGUGGAAAAGGUUUUUCUGUGCAUACUAGUACUGUGAGUAAAGAAAUCUUUGGAGGGCAGUGUCGUGAGCGUGCUGAAUCCUCUGGAGUUGCUGAAAAUCUAGAAAUUUUGGAAAGCAAAAAUGAUUCUGAUCAAAAUGUCACAGAUAACCUGCUUUUAGAAGACUCUGCAAACUCUGUUCAACCAAUUGUUUCGAUAAGUGAUGACAGCUCUCCCUUGGUUAAUGAGCACCAUUUGCAAACAGGCAGACAGAAGAAAAUGUUGGAUGAAACAACAAUUUCCACUAAUGUUCCAGAAAUUGCUGUGAAAGUUCUUCCUUCUCCCAAGCCUCCAACUGCAGAUAAGCCUAAAAGGAGACUUCAACCAGCUUCGUCUAUGUUGCUAAAGAACCUCACAGGUUUAGACAUCGGGGACGAGGAUGAAAAGCCAAAGGGAGCUAGAGGAUCUAAAAGGAAUACAGGAUUAGACCUCACCAGAAAAACACAAGGCAGCUUGUCUUUACUUCGCUUGCUCAAGAACAAUGUUUGAUGCAUACAAGUCUCUUUAGUCGUACAUCCGUGUUUGUGUGCAUUUGCUUUUUGUAAUGCCCUCGCUUACACAAUUUAUUUUUAGUAGGAAUGCUCCUAUAAUAUCCAUUCCGCACUUAGAUAAAAUUUUACUGUAGGGCUUAUAUUGACAGAGAUAUGCAUAUGUAGAUUGUAGAAAUGCAUUCCCCAAGGACCUUGGUGACUGCCAUGGACUUUUUGUUUGUAAAAACUCGGUUUUGAGAUCAAUAUGUUAAGAACGCA